UUAUCGCGUUGAGAAUAUCAUAGAUCGAUAAUUAUUUUGAUUACYGCAUACAAGACAAUAUUAUCGUUGUGAUAGUAAUAAAAUAUAAUGUUAUAUAAAUAAUAUAAUAAUAAUAAUACAACUAUACGACUAUUUUGUUCUUAAUUGAGACUCGAGACUUCGAGAGCCUGCUUAGGUAGUUAGAAUAGCUUACUAGCAGACAGUAAUAUUCUWCUAAGWAAUCUACUAAUGCGAGUUUACGAUGCAUUUAUUUCGACUCUCGAGGAUUUGCAUAGRUUUUAGCCUUAGAUAUCUAGCAUAAUUGUUGUUGUUAAUGUUGUUGAAUCGAUCGCGUCUGGGGCUUCUUGAGAUUAUUGUUUGAAUAUCAUGACAACUUUUAAAUGGUUUAUGGUAUCCGGCAGCACGCGUUCCAGYUAAUAGAARGACAUUKUAACUUUAUCACUUUUACGCCAGAUUGAAGGAAACGCGUGUAUGAAUACUGUUAAACACAAGCCGGGAUUKCAACUUCAGUACCUGUUGCAAGGAGGCUCAUACCGAAACACCAAACUACACGAAAUAACCAUGAUUGGAGCAAUGCCUGCUGUGGCCGUCCGCCACGAGCGGCGGAGGCAGGAGAAAAAAGUGGUAUGCGCGAAUAAUCUGAACGCUGGUGACCGGGAAGGCACAUCAAACACCACUGGAAACCGGAGACCGAGUCUUUUAACACUGCAGUCACCGCAUUCUCAGACAGGCACACCGAUCACGUCUCCGCCGUACAUCCAAAACACACUGCCAGAUAUCUAUGUCUGCUCAAAAGUGUCCGUGCUGCACAUAGCCGUGGUGACCAUACUGAUCGGGGCCAUACUUCUGAUCGUCGGGCUCGUUCAGCUGAAGCCGGGCGCGGACGCGUCUCAGUACAAGUUCGUAUUGAUCUUCUACGGUCUGAUCACCACGAUGGUCGGCAUCCUCACGGCCAUGGUCCGGUGCUGCCUGCUGCCGUGGGUCACCAAACGUCGGCAGAGAAGGUCCACCCCGUCAACGCCGGGCAUGCUGUUGACCRCGUAGUGAUUGUGAAGACGUAAGACGAUCGAGAUUUCUGCUUAUCCGCCUAACACACACACACACACAGGCCCYUCACAUCAUCAUCAUUUUGGCCCUGGUACAGAACUAAAUCCGAGCCCCGAACAUGUUAUAAAUAUAUAAUAUAUUGAAGUAAUUUUGAAGUAAUUAUUUGCAUGAACGGCGGGCCCCUAGAAAGUCCGGGCCCAAGUACCAUGGGUCUUUCUAACCCCCCCCCCCUCUCACACUGACUAAUAGUGGUCCUGCACACCCAUGCAUACACACACGUUUGUUGGUGACACAAGUCACGUAUUAUGUACAGACAAAAAUUUGUUAUUUAAUUUUUACUCUUUGACGCUGGUAUCGAUACAUUCGGUGAAUACAUUAGACAUAUAAAUUUAAUAGAAGAUAAUAUUUAUUAUGUGUGUAAGAAACGCCGAAAAUUUAUACAGGUCUUAUAGUGUACUCGAUACCAUAAAUCAGUUAAAUUGUGAUUGGUUCUAGUGUGUGGUAAAUUAGUUGCAUUUUUUGCUGUCUCUAUAUACUAUUAAUUAUAUAUUAUACACACAGUAUAAUAUACAGCACACAAACACACAYUAUACAAUGGUCUGUGAUUUUAACUCUCACCGAUAUCGUUUGACGACCGGUCUGAGUAGUGAGUUUAUUAAGAUAUCAUACCUAGUAGGGAAAUUCAAAUAUGAAUGGUUUUGUCUUUUCAUUUUAAAAUUGUAAACUGUGAACUCUUUAGUUUUUGUUCUGUUGUUUAUGAUUUUCAAUCUCAUAUUUUAGUAUCCACAAUAAAUAAUCCAAAAUAGUGCUUGUAAUCAAUUAUUAAUUACUAAAUAGGUGUGUUAUUCAUUUUGAUAUUGUUUAUACCUAUUAUUUUACAUAUAUUUUUAAGGUGUUUUGGGACCAAUAUUGUKAAACAUAAAACAAACAUUUCUGGAUAAGUCAGUCCGAUUAACAUGCUACAUAUCUCUAAAUAAUUUUUACCACAAAUAAGCAAUGUAUACACUAUAGUUUUAAUUUUUUGAAAUCUGGGUUUUAAUUUUAAUUUUAUAAUCGUUAUACCUGCAGUUUAAGUUCUAUAUUAAAUUAUAAAAACUUCAUUUAGUUAAUGUUAAAUUAAUUAAUAAAUUAUGUUUAAUUCCACGUUAAUGUAGAGGCACCAAUAAUUGUGACUUUGUUAGUUUUUGGAUUUAUGCCGUAACUUUUGAAGUCUUCCAUUAUAAUUUAUUAUCCUAUGUGUUAUGCAUAUAUUAUUUUAAUUGACUGACCUUUAACAAAACUGACCAAAGUAUAAUUUAACCAUUUAAUCAAAAAAACUGUAAUGUCCUAAAUCAAAAUAUAGCACCACUUUUAUAAUUCGCUCAAAUUUAAAUUAAAUAACUUAUUCUAUGUUAUUGGCCAACUUAAUUUGUAUAAAAAACUUAAGAAAGAAUUAUUAUUAAAGUUCACAACAUAUUUAGUAAUUUUGUUAGUAUAAUUUUGACGUACACAAUCUCACAAUCUGACUUGCAAAACAAAAUUAAAAUAAUCUUGAAUCUUAUAUCAAAGGUAUUUUCUAU